CACAGCAUCGCAUCGCACUGUUAAGAGGGGCGAUCUCGCCAAUUCGCGGCUGCUUUUCAUCCGAAGUGCGUGUGCGCCGAUAUAACGUUCCGCUCUUUCAAAUAAAUUCGCAUCACCGGCAAACUGUUUUGCGACGCAAGAUAGGCGCCGAAAGUGUUUUGCGAACUUGGUUUUGUGUUUUUUUCUAACUUUGACUGGUUCUAAUUAGUUGUCUCCUCUCGUGUAUGCCACAGUCGACUCGAGGGGAAUAACUAUGGGAGUUUCCUACAUCAUUUAAUAGGAUGGAUAGAUACCAAGGGAUACUUCCCAAGUAAUUAGAGAUUCAUAAUGAAAAUGAUUCAUCGUGUUAAAAAAGCUUUCCCAACGUUGCUGGUCUUGUAUGAAAUAAUGGUUUGUUCACAAGCUGCAGAGUCAAUACAUGUACCUACAGUAGUAGCUCAAAUUCCGCCAACAAAAGCUCAAGAAAUAACAACUAUUCAGCCGUCAAUUGCAGAACCGAAGCUAGAAGAACCUCCUGUACACUCCAACAAAAUUGAACUAGGAGCUACCAACAUUACACAGAGUUACGAAGAUGAGAAUCCAACCAAGUAUAAGCCAAUCUUCCCAUCGCCAAAUCCCAGACUUAAGGGCCCUUUUUUUGAAGAAGGAUCCGAACUGACUCACGUCACCGCUAGAGUUGGAUCCACCAUAAAUCUCGACUGUCGCAUCGGACUUCUUGGCGACAAAACCGUUACAUGGACACAAGUCAAGAACCAGAAUAUUAAUCUAUUGACAGUUGGGAAGAAUACGCACAGUAAAGAUGAACGCAUACAUCUGGCUUUCCGAUAUCCUAACAAUUACAGACUGCAAAUAUCUUAUGUCACUAAAAGGGAUGAGGGGAUAUAUGCAUGUCAAGUAGCUACUUAUCCGCCUAAAGUAAAGAGGAUACAUUUAACAAUUACAGCUCCAGAAGUGCGGAUAGUCGACGAGUCAGGACGAGAAGUUCACGAGAGGCAUUAUCGACAAGGCAGCUCCUUGCUUUUAACCUGCUUGGCCACAAGUGUGGGCUUCAUGGAAAAUGAACCGGAUAGAAAUAUUAUUUCCUGGAAACACGGAGCCAGAAUUCUUAGCCAGGGCAGUAGCUUGAAUAUAACCAAGGAAUCUGAUUCUGCAGUAUCUGUUUUGACUAUAACACCUUUAGAAAAACGCAAUUCAGGAAACUACACUUGCACAGUGGGAAAUCUAGCUGCAAGAACUGUUGCCGUACACGUCAUCAAUGGUGAAUUACCAGCGGCAGUUCAAACAGCAGGUGUCCAUUUCAAGUCGUCCAAUUCAACUCUUCUUCUGGUUAUAUUUACUCUGUGUUCGCUGUUAAGGUGAUUGGAGUUUUAAAAUGGAAGUUUAGAUGGAAAAUAAAGGAGGUGCUCGUGCUCUAGUUAGCCACAUUGUAGUCAAGUUGAUGGUGUGAAAUUUAUGGCACCAUAAAAGUGAUAUCAUAUCAAAAGAUGAUGUGCAAGGACCAAUAAAACCAAGACUGUAAUAGUAUAAAGAAUAUAGGCGGGGAAAGAAAUGUGUAUUUUUAACAGACUCUUGAAAUGUAUACAUGUUGACGACGCAGUGAUUUGCUUCCAAGAAAUACGUUUUCCAGCAUAAAACGGAUAAAAGCUGCCCUAACUUUUUGCCCACUAAAAUUUUCUCUUAUAAACUCAAAAUCAAUAACUCCGAUUGUCUCUAGAGUAAUAUUACUUUUUUAUUUUUGUAAAAAUUUGAAAAAAAGGAAAUGCUUUUUUAAAAAUAUUUUUUGGAAGCCCAUCAUGUUUUCUCAUCUUGAUACACGUUUAUAACAAACAUAACUAUAUUAUCUCUGAUUUCUAUUAUACCAGUAUUCACAGUUUGGUAUAAACAGAUUCGGUUGGAUUAAUGUAUACCUGAUAAAUGCGUAAUUAUUUAGUUAUACCAGGGCUGUCUUAAAAGUAAACUUUUCAGUAUUUAGCACUAAAGUAGAGUCUGCACAUUCUAAAUAGAGCAAAAAUUUACUUUUUUUUAACAAUGUCUGUUUAUAUUUAUAUCGAAUGUUUCCUAUUAAAAUGUAAGUACUCUAAAAAAAUAUUGUUUGCAUCAAAAGUAUGUAUAUAUUCUCUUGUAUACUUUAAGAAUACUAGAUAUAUACCUAUAUAGGGUUGAAUGUUUUUAGAGUUUAUAAAUAUAAAUUAAUAUAUUUAAGGACAAAAUUAAAUAUAUAAAUCAAAAAUCUAGGUUUGGAUAUAAAUAAAUUAAAUUUCUGAGAUAUAGUUGCUGUAUAAGUGUUAAUGGUAAGAUAAUUGUUAUAUUUUUUUUAGUGCCAAGCAUUUCACAACUUUGUACAGGGAGUAAUUUUUUGAUAAAAUUUGAAACUUUAGUUGAAAACUAGAGUUUUGUAUAAGUUGCUCAGUUUAUAUUCAAGUAGACUAGUAAUAUUUUUAUAAAUUGAACAAUAUCUGCCAAUUAUUUUCUUAUUGCUAUACCUUAUGUAAAUAUAAUAAGUAAAGAUAUAUAUAAAUAUAAGAAUAUUCUAUUCAUUCAAUGUUGUAUUCUCAACAUAACACCAGUGAUGACCUGUAUAUGUAUAUAUAUACACAAACAAAAUGAUUAUUUUUAGCGCACUUCUUUUAUUAAAACUACAAAACGUGUUAUAGUUAUCUUUGUAUAUUUAAUAUUUACUUACUCUAGGUUUUACAUUGACAAUUUAUACCCAAUUUAUUUUUCUUACAACAGGUUGUCACUGAAUUAGUUUAUGCCUGAAUUAAGAAAUACAUAACAGAAAUUAAAAUCUAUGUAUUUACUGUGUUUGUAAAUAAUAUUGUACAGUGUAGUUGCUGAAAAUAAAUACUUACACUGACCAAGAACAUUAAAGUAUGUUAUGAAUGCCAUUUAUUUUCAAUAGGCAUUGAUUUUGGUAAAUAAAAUGGAUUUGAAAUUUGGUGCAAAGUAAGAAUUACGUAAAACGCAUAUACAAGGGUAACACGAAUAUUGUAUACCAGGCAGUAUCAAGAGGUUCUUAAUGUAUAAUUUGAUAUUUCUUGAUAGAGCGUUUUAUACCAGGUGUAAAAUUUCAACGAAAAAAUUGUGAAUUUCAAUUAGUAGAUGUAUAAUAUAUGCUUUAUUGUUCUGUUAUGGAAAUAGAAUUGCGGUUGACACUUAUUAAUAUCGAUUUAAUAAUUUAUUUCAUUUUUUAUAUAGACAAAGUCUGUUAGAAAAGUGAUAUAAAAAACAUUUUUUCUUAAUAUACUCGCGUUGUAAAAUUUAAAAUAAUUUGUAGUACGAGAUCGAUAGGGAUAUUUUGGAAUAUUUAAACUGUUAAUUAAAUCUUUGUCCGUUCGUGUACGUAAUCUGGACGAAAAAUGGUGGCUUUUCGUGUAGACUCCCGCAUAACACAGCCAAAACACUCAAAGGAAAACAGCUGUUUACCGAAUUUUAUCAGCUACUAUACGCCUGAGUGAAGUGAAAUAGAGGAACAAAGUUUCAUUAUCCUGGCAAAUCUGCGUAAUUAGAAUUUAGUGAUAUGCGAUGCCAGCACAUGAUUAGAAAAUCAAAUCUCUAUGAGCCAUCCUUUCUGCUUCAAUAUUCAAUCAAUACAGAUGGUUAACAAAAUGAAACAGCUGCAUUUGAGCAAAAUUGAUAUCUCUCUUGUAGUUAAGAUUGGUUAUCUCGGUAUAUAUUACCAAUUAAAAUAAUAUAUUUUCCUGUAUAUUAGUGCAACAUCAGAUUCUAAUAUUUUUAAACUACAUUCUAUUUCCAGACUUAAUGGGUGCAUUAAAAACGAAAUUUUUUGUAGGUAUUAACAAGGCGUACUGGUAUAAUCUGUGUACAUUUCGAUAUUUUUAUGAUUAUACUAUUCUAGGACGUAUUUCUAAGAUAUGUAAUAAAGGGCCAACACUAGAUUUGAUUUUUAAAUGCACCUAAAUGUUGUACAUAUAUAUUACUGUAAGCUAUUUUCUAAAUGUCUCCCACGACGAGUUAUAAAAGACAAAUUAUAGUAAAGAUUUGUUAAACA